UUUGUUUUGCUCACCAUUUAACGAAGAAGACAUUAAAAAAAUGGCGGAUAGGCUAACGCAGCUACAAGAUGCUGUCAAUUCGCUUGCAGAUCAGUUUUGUAACGCUAUCGGGGUCCUUCAACAGUGUGCUCCGCCUGCCUCCUUCAGUAACAUUCAAACGUCGAUAAACAACGAUCAGCCUGCAAACCAAACUGAAGAAUACGCUCAGCUGUUUGCUGCCCUGAUUGCCAGGACAGCCAAAGAUGUGGACGUGCUAAUUGACUCUUUGCCGAGCGAGGAGUCCACGGCAGCUCUGCAGGCGGCCAGCCUGCGGCAGCUGGAGGAGGAGAACCACGAGGCCGCGGCCCGUCUGAAGGAGGUGGUCACCCGUGGCGACAUGCUGCUGGAGAAGAUCCAGAGCGCCCUGGCAGACAUUGCCCAGUCUCAGCUCCGCACCCGCAACGGCGCGGCCAGCCAGCCUUCACCUGCUGAAUCCUGACCUGCUCCAAACAGCCCCGUGUCAUAUCAUUACUGAUCUUUUUAUUUAUAACACUCAGCUGCCAGCCUCACAACCCAUGCGGGAUCUGUCUGUCAGGUGAACAAAAGCCAUAUUUGAAUCACUUUACACUUUUACAUAAACUCAAAUGUUUACUUGGGGAAAACAGUAUUGUCUGGCUGGAGUUCAGUUUUGUAUGUUGGUUUUGUAAAUAUUUAUGACCAGAGGGCUGAUUCGUAAAUAAGCUUAGUAUAAUUUUAUGGUCUAAUGGGUGUUUUUGUUAAAUAAAGCUUGAAUAAACAAUUUUG